AACCUGAAGGAUCUUCUGCAGCAGAGGCAGGAGUCUGGAGGCUGGGAUGGUAUCAGAAAGGGCCUCCCUGGGUAUUGGAGGCAGUGAAGAUGAAGGGCGAGAAUCCAUUGGCCGUGCCAGUACGCCAUGGGGGCGGUUGGGAGAUCUUGUAGAACAACUGUUCGAGCCCGCUUGUCCACUCAUUACUCUGGAAUCCGAGUCCCAGCAGGGGCGCGGGAAACCGCUGCUCUGAGAAAAGGUACCUCCCCCAGAAAGACAGCGCGGGAAGUCCCGAGUUUUCCCGCCACGCCGAGGGCGUGAUCCCUGACGUCAGAGCUCCGCCUCCACAAGCUGGCGGCCGGUGGGCUCCGCCCUUAACCAAGAUGGCGAUACGCGUGGGACCGGAAAGAGUUUAUAGAUUUCCCGUCUACCCUACCUCUGAGGUGAAGGUGGGACUGCCCUGUGGAGCCCCACCCUUUCCGUUAUGCGCCCGCGCGGCGCAAUGACGUAACACAGGCCCGCCCACUGCCCCUGUUGGGUUCCUGAGUCGUGCUGCGUCGACAACGGUAGUGACGCGUAUUGCCUGGAGGAUGGCGGACGCCGGCAUUCGCCGCGUGGUUCCCAGCGACCUGUAUCCCCUCGUGCUCGGCUUCCUGCGCGAUAACCAACUCUCAGAGGUGGCCAAUAAGUUCGCCAAAGCGACAGGAGCUACACAGCAGGAUGCCAAUGCCUCUUCCCUCUUAGACAUCUAUAGCUUCUGGCUCAACAGGUCUGCCAAGGUCCCAGAGCGAAAGUUACAGGCAAAUGGACCAGUGGCUAAGAAAGCUAAGAAGAAGGCCUCAUCCAGUGACAGUGAGGACAGCAGCGAGGAGGAGGAGGAAGUUCAAGGGCCUCCAGCAAAGAAGGCUGCUGUACCUGCCAAGCGAGUCGGUCUGCCCCCUGGGAAGGCUGCAGCCAAAGCAUCAGAGAGUAGCAGCAGUGAAGAGUCCAGUGAUGAUGAUGAUGAGGAGGACCAAAAGAAACAGCCUGUCCAGAAGGGAGUUAAGCCCCAAGCCAAGGCAGCCAAAGCUCCUCCUAAGAAGGCCAAGAGCUCUGAUUCUGAUUCUGACUCAAGCUCCGAGGAUGAGCCACCAAAGAACCAGAAGCCAAAGAUAACACCUGUGGCAGUUAAAGCUCAGACUAAAGCCCCUCCCAAACCAGCUCGAGCAGCACCUAAAGUAGCCAAUGGUAAAGCAGCCAGUAGCAGCAGUAGCAGCAGCAGCAGCAGCAGUAGCAGUGAUGACUCAGAGGAGGAGAAGGCAGCAGCCACCCCCAAGAAGACUGUACCUAAAAAGCAAGUUGUGGCCAAGGCCCCAGUGAAAGCAGCUGCCACCCCUACCCGGAAGAGUUCCAGCAGUGAGGAUUCCUCCAGUGACGAGGAAGAGGAGCAAAAAAAACCCAUGAAAAAUAAACCAGGUCCCUACAGUUCAGUCCCCCCGCCUUCUGCUCCCCUACCAAAGAAGUCUCUGGGAACCCAGCCUCCCAAGAAGGCUGUGGAGAAGCAGCAGCCUGUGGAAAGCAGUGAAGACAGCAGUGAUGAGUGUGAUUCAAGUUCUGAAGAAGAGAAGAAACCCCCAACUAAGGCAGUAGUCUCUAAAGCAACCACUAAACCACCUCCAGCAAAGAAAGCAGCAGAGAGCUCUUCAGACAGCUCAGACUCUGACAGCUCUGAGGAUGAUGAAGCUCCUUCUAAGCCAGCUGGUACCACCAAGAAUUCUUCAAAUAAGCCAGCUGUCACCACCAAGUCACCUGCAGUGAAGCCAGCUGCAGCCCCCAAGCAACCUGUGGGCGGUGGCCAGAAGCUUCUGACGAGAAAGGCUGACAGCAGCUCCAGUGAGGAAGAGAGCAGCUCCAGUGAGGAGGAGAAGACAAAGAAGAUGGUGGCCACCACUAAGCCCAAGGCGACUGCCAAAGCAGCUCCACCUCUGCCUGCCAAGCAGGCUCCUCAGGGUAGUAGGGACAGCAGCUCUGAUUCAGACAGCUCCAGCAGUGAGGAGGAGGAAGAGAAGACAUCUAAGUCUGCAGUUAAGAAGAAGCCACAGAAGGUAGCAGGAGGUGCAGCCCCUUCCAAGCCAGCCUCUGCAAAGAAAGGAAAGGCUGAGAGCAGCAGCAGUUCUUCCUCUGAUGACUCCAGUGAGGAAGAGGAAGAGAAGCCCAAGGGCAAGGGCUCUCCAAGACCACAAGCCCCCAAGGCCAAUGGCACCUCUGCACUGACUGCCCAGAAUGGAAAAGCAGCUAAGAACAGUGAGGAGGAGGAAGAAGAAAAGAAAAAGGCGGCAGUGGUAGUUUCCAAAUCAGGUUCAUUAAAGAAGCGGAAGCAGAAUGAGGCUGCCAAGGAGGCAGAGACUCCUCAGGCCAAGAAGAUAAAGCUUCAGACCCCUAACACAUUUCCAAAAAGGAAGAAAGGAGAAAAAAGGGCAUCAUCCCCAUUCCGAAGGGUCAGGGAGGAGGAAAUUGAGGUGGAUUCACGAGUUGCAGACAACUCCUUUGAUGCCAAGCGAGGUGCAGCCGGAGACUGGGGAGAGCGAGCCAAUCAGGUUUUGAAGUUCACCAAAGGCAAGUCCUUUCGGCAUGAGAAAACCAAGAAGAAGCGGGGCAGCUACCGGGGAGGCUCAAUCUCUGUCCAGGUUAAUUCUAUUAAGUUUGACAGCGAGUGACCUGAGGCCAUCUUUGGUGAAGCAAGGGUGAUGAUCGGAGACUACUUACUUUCUCCAGUGGACCUGGGAACCCUCAGGUCUCUAGGUGAGGGUCUUGAUGAGGACAGAAGUUUAGAGUAGGUCCUAAGACUUUACAGUGUAACAUCCUCUCUGGUCCUUUUCUGUGUUCCUAGUUUUGUACAGACUUGUUUUUGAGUGUUGAGUAGCAGGGACAAAAUAAGGGAAUGUUAUUUUUAAAGAAAAUUCAUUUUCAUUGUUGUCUCCUUCCUUUUCUGUGAAAGUCCUCAUACUGAGAAAUUUGUAUAUUUUAUAUUAAAUCACUUACUAUUGAUUUCUGUUGUGAUUUUCAAAGGUGGAUUCCCACAGAUAAAAUCUUGGCUAUUGCCCAAAACAUAGUAAAGGGUCACGUGUGACUUUUUAUAAUAGGAAGAAAAUUCUGCCUUUGUGAGUACACAUGUCCACAUUUCAUCCCUCCUUCCCUCAAAACCCUAGAGAGGGGCAUUAAAGAAUUGUUGAUGUAUAUGCAAUGUCUGUUAAGCAUGCACUAUGUAUUUCAUCCUCAUUUAUUGGGUCUGGGACUGAAGUUUUUAGCCAGCAUGGACCUAACCUACUUUUUGGGAUAAAAUUCACUGUUUUGUUACAGGCAAAAUUCUGGUAUGGCGUGAAUGCCAUGGGUCAUUCUGAAUGUAUUUUUUUCUGUAAUUUUAUCAUUACAUGAUGUUUGCAAUACGUGCUUUGUUUUUUAAUUUGAAAGCAAACUUUUCUACUGUUGAAAGACAUUUUUUGACAACUUGACCCUUCCUAGUAUUGAGUUCUAAGUUGAGGACUGCAUCUUCUCGUUUUUUACAGUAUAGAGAACAAAAUGACAUUAGUUUGAAAAAUACAUAUCACUUGGUAUUGCUGUCUUGGUUGCAGUGGUGAUACAGAAUUGGUUUCAUUAAUUCCUACAUGAUUGAGAAUCACUGAUCAAGAAAGUGGGGGAAAAAAAAACAAACGUUAAAACCUCAAUCCUCAGUAGGAAGGUAGAUUACAUUAGGUGAAAUUAUAGGUAAUCUAUGUAUGUGCUAAUGGGGUUGGAAAGAACCUUAUAGAGCAUAUUACCUGAUAAACUUGAGUGGGUUUGGGAGAACAAACUAAUAGGAUUAUUGUGUCUCCUAGUUGGUACCUGGGAGCAAUUGACAUGCCCCCUUCAGAACCUUAACUGUUAGUAGCAGUGGCUGUAACAACACAAACCAGUGACCAGAGAUAACAGCUUUUAGGCCAAGCUGGCCUGACGGUAUGGCUGCAGGAAGUGACUGAGCAGUAGCGGUACUCAGCCAGACCAAGACGGAGAGGGAAGAGUCCACAGCUUUCGGAAGCUAAGGCAUUCUGGUGGUAGAAAAGUGUGCCCCAAGCCUUCAUGGACGAGUUAUAGGUCUUAAGAUUAGUCUCCUCUUGUUUGGAUUCCAUACUUGCUAAAUAUACCUGAUAAUAACCUGGUUUUCCAUGUAACUGCCUCUAGGAAGAAAAUGUACUGUUCAUGCUGACACAGAUAUUUCAGUCUGCAUGGUAAAAGUUCUACAUCUUACUACAAAAUAAUAAACUGGCUGGUUUAUAAUGUG